ACCGUCUAGCACUGCGGUAGCGAAGUGCUCUCCCAUCUGGUGCUUAUCUGUCAGAGCUGCUCCCUGAUUUGAAGAUCCGGGAGGCACAGACUUUUCUAAACCUGGGAGUGCUUCCUGCAGUCUUUUUGCCUCUUUGCUUUGCCCUGAGGCCCCUUAGGAAACUGCCCAGGCUGCCGACAUUCCUGGCGUCCUCAUGUGUGCUGAUCCCUUUUGCUUCCCAACUUAAGUCUCAGAUGUCCUUCGAGUUCUUCUUCUUCUUCUUCUUUUUUUUUUUAGAGAUUUAUUUAUUAUUUAUGCAGAGAAGAGCUGGGGUUAAGGCCAGAGAUGGGGCGGGUGGUGCGAUGACUCACCAGAGACAGCGGGGAACAGAACAGGCAGACCUGCUGAAAUUCAGUGCUGAGGGGAGCAGCAGGCGAGACAGAAAGGUCUGCCUGCCAUGUGGGUUGCUCCCUGGCGGGCCAGGCAUGGAACUCAUGCUGCAGAGGCUGUGGACUGCUUCACAGUGCGGUGCUUAACCCCUUGCGCCACCAGGGAGGACCUCCUUCAGAGAUUAAAUGACCAAGACAGAGAUGAGGAAUUAGGCCUUGCUGCAGAGACUUCAAUUUCUUCCCAGUACCUGACCAUUUAUGAUGAGGCAGCUUGUGGAAGUGUGAUGUUUCCUUAUUUCCUCACAGGCCACAGUAAACAGAGGUGUGAAGGAAAAGUUAACUAUGGAAGCUAUGGAGUUGGAGAGCCCCAGACCCACCUACCAUCUCAUUCCUGAAACCAGCCAGCUGAGGGAGGAAGAAGAUGUCAGCAUACCCUCUAAAGCAACCACAGAAAUCAUGCAGCUGAAGAAGGAGAUCUCUCUGCUGAACGGAGUUAGCCUGGUGGUGGGCAACAUGAUUGGCUCAGGAAUCUUCGUCUCACCCAAGGGUGUGCUGGUACACACUGCCUCCUAUGGCUUGUCACUGGUCAUAUGGGCCAUUGGCGGGGUUUUCUCUGUUGUGGGUGCCCUUUGCUAUGCAGAGCUGGGGACCACAAUCACCAAGUCUGGGGCCAGCUACGCUUAUAUCCUAGAGGCCUUUGGGGCCUUCAUUGCCUUUAUCCGUCUGUGGGCCUCACUGCUUAUCGUGGAGCCCACCAGUCAGGCCAUCAUCGCCAUCACCUUUGCCAACUACAUCAUCCAGCCCAUCUUCCCCACCUGUGAGCCCCCGUACCUGGCCUGCCGGCUCCUUGCUGCUGCUUGCAUAUGUCUGCUGACAUUUGUGAACUGUACCUACGUCAAGUGGGGCACACGUGUGCAGGACGUAGUCACUUAUGCCAAGGUCCUGGCGCUCAUUGCCAUCAUUGUCAUGGGCCUUGUUAAACUGUGCCAGGGACACUCUGAGUACUUUGAGGAUGCCUUUGAGGGUUCCUCCUGGGACCUGGGACACCUCUCUCUCGCCCUCUUCUCUGCCCUCUUCUCUUUCUCAGGUUGGGACACCCUUAAUUUUGUAACAGAAGAAAUAAAAAACCCAGAAAGAAAUUUGCCCCUGGCCAUUGGGAUUUCUAUGCCAAUUGUGACGUUCAUCUACAUCCUGACCAACGUGGCCUAUUACACAGUGCUGAGCAUUUCCGAUGUCCUUGACAGUGAUGCUGUGGCUGUGACUUUUGCUGACCGGACAUUUGGCAUGUUCAGCUGGACCAUUCCCAUUGCUGUCGCCCUGUCCUGCUUUGGGGGCCUCAACGCAUCUAUCUUUGCCUCAUCAAGGUUGUUCUUUGUGGGCUCCCGUGAGGGCCACCUCCCCGACCUUCUGUCCAUGAUCCACAUUGAGCGUUUCACACCCAUCCCUGCUUUACUGUUUAAUUGCGCCAUGGCGCUCAUCUACCUCACUGUGGAGGAUGUGUUCCUGCUCAUCAACUACUUCAGCUUCAGCUACUGGUUUUUUGUGGGCUUGUCUGUGGCUGGACAGCUCUACCUUCGCUGGAAGGAGCCCGACCGUCCCCGGCCUCUCAAGCUGAGCCUGUUUUUCCCUAUCGUGUUCUGCAUAUGCUCCUUGUUUCUGGUGAUUGUGCCCCUCUACAGCGACACCAUCAAUUCCCUCAUUGGCGUUGGUAUCGCCCUCUCCGGAGUCCCCGUCUACUUCCUGGCUGUUUACCUACCAGUGUCCCGGAGGCCAGUCUUUAUUCGGAAUAUCCUGGCCACCAUCACCAAAGUCACACAGAGGCUUUGCUUUUGCGUCCUGACUGACCUAGAUGUAGGUGAAGAAAAAAGCGUUGAUAGCAAAACUGACUAGAUACCAGAGGUGACGUCCACUGCGGCCUGGAAGGCUACCUGUGGUCACAGCCACCAAAGUCCAGAUGACAAGACUGCAUGCCCCAACCCUCCCCAUACAAAGGAGCCUGUUGGCUGACACUGAGGGGGCUUAGAGUUGAUGGCCUGCUCAUUGGUAAGCUAUGGGAGGAGACUUGGGGGCUGGCCUGAAGGUAGGGACUUCAGAAGGUGGUGGUGGGACUGUGGGUUAGUUUUAUUCCUGGCGGGUACAUGCAGCCCUUACCAACAGCUGGAGAGUUAGCGUUGAGGGAAGAGGGGUGGCUGGUAGUUUCUGAAUUUGAUUUUUGAGAUCUGAACCAGAGAGGCUGCUUUAUGGGAAGUUUUCCUCUGACCAGGUGCAAGACUUGAUUUUAGAGCCCUGAAAUGCUACGUCUUCCUCUGGCUCUAAAUUGUUCCUCGCAGGGGGAAAGGGUUGUAUUUCAUUACUUGCUGAUAAUAAUCCAGAACCCAGUUCUAGCAAGCCAUUGGUGUUCAUUCAACUACAUGAUGCAAUAAGCUGUUUAAAAACGUCAAGUACCCAAAGCCAAGCCACUCUGCCCUUAGAGGGGCCUCUAUGUGGCAGUGGGUCAGACUCUGACCAGAUUUUCUUUGUUCAGCUUUAGCACAAUUUUCUGUUGAACCUCACCUGCAAAGUAAACUUUCAAAGAUUUUUUUACUCAUGCCCCACACUUUAGUAUAGGGAUAGAUCACGUUUACAAGCACCUGGCUCAAGUGUAGCAAGGGCAAAUGAAUAAACUCAUGAGUCAGAAAUCUGCAAUACUGUUCUGAAGGAUUAUCCUCUAUUUUACAUAGCUUUUUGUUGUAGUUGAUAGGAAGUAAAUCUCUGGGUUUCUGGUGUGAACUUUAAGAGGUCAGAAAACUGUUCUAGAAUUCAGAAUCACCUGAAUUCUUACAGCUGUCAUUGGCUCAUGGGUCCAGACCAUAGCAUAGCUUGCUUCUCUAAGGGCUAGUGUGAGGGGCUGCUGUGCAGACCCAAACAAGCCUGCCUCGGUGCUAGGAGUGGUCAUUUUCUUUUCUGAAAACCUCACACAAGGCUGCAUUCUCUACUUGUCCCUGCCACCAGGCUUUGUUUACACUCGAGUAGCUUUGGUGUGCAUCAGGGAUGGUACACGCCCCUCCCGUCCGCUUCCUCUUACCCUGAGGUCCCUGUAGGGCUACAGUGGCAGGAAGAGCUUGGUACUUGUGGGGACUUGUUUUCUCCCUGUGGAGAUCAGUGAAAACUCCAGAAAAAAAGCUGCUUCAACCUCAAUCUGGCUCCUCAGCAGACAACGUGAUUGGAAGCAACUCAUUCUUGUGCUCUGGCUGUACUUUAGGACUCAGGUUAGGCCUGAGUGGCAAGUUUAGCCACACGUUCCUUGGCAGGCGGUAUGGCUGCACUGGAUUGUACAAAUGUGACACCAUCGACCCUGUCACCCUUGGCACAAAGACGAUUCAAGGGAGCAUGAUCACAGAUGCCUUUGGUUCAGGGAAUGCAUCUGUGAGAACAUGGGGGAACCUUCCGACUGACAUGUUGGAGAUUUGUACAGCAAAUUCCUGCCUGAUGGCAGAGUCAUGUGCAGAGGCUGACUUGCCUAGACUACAUAAACAUGCUGAGCCAGGCUGGCACCUACCCCAGGGAUCCUCUGGAGCUAAUCCUUUAAGAGUACACGUGUCUUGAAGAUCGCCAACUCAGGCUUUAGCUUUCUCCACUGAAGUAAAUGACCAGCUAAUCCCAGGAACUGCUGCCCCAGAGAGACUCCCGGGGGAGCAAGGCCCUCUCACCUGGGGUCGCCUAGUACUUGCUUAGUGAGCCAAGUCGUCCUCCACUGGAUGGUGACCACAUUCUUCCCUCUAUGCUGGAUAUAGACUUCUCCCACUAACCCCUCUGUGGGGGUACCAGACUUCUCACAGCACUCAAGCUUCACCACAGAAGUAAUCUCAUUAGGUAUUUGUUGUUUCCUUCAACCCUUCUACAGCGCUAAUCCCUUUUGCAGUGGGAGUUUGUGAAGAUGUCAAGCCCUUUGGAGUUGGCAGACUUCAAUGAGUACAUAAAUGAGUGAGCACAUUAUAGUGGCAUCGAGUGAUUUGUAAUCCUUUGUUUCCAUGCCUACAGGAGACUAAGAUGACUAGUAUUAGACAUGUAAGUCUGCCUGUUACUUUUAACACUGAAUUGUACCUUUGUGGAUAGCUAGGAUGGGAAAGCAACAGCUUUUUGGAUUACAGCUGCAACAGGAGGGUGUGAGCACACGUAUAGGCAGAACUUCAUCACUUCUGGCAGGUUUAACAACUUUGUGUGGACAGGAACUAGUGUACUGCUAAAGAUGUACAAAGUGAAUAUAAAGAGAAGUGGGUGGAGACAGGGAAGUAGCGAUGCUUAUGUCCUCUUACCAGAGGUGGGAAGACAUCUCCCUGUGUGACUCACCUUCCCACUUGACGGUGCAUCACCGGGCAAGAGGGCACACCUCCAAUCAAGGGUUUUUGUAGACUGUUUCCCUAGCUCUGCCCUGUCCAGUCCAGUUGCCACUAGCCACAUGCACUAGUUAAAUUAAAAAUUCAAUCCCUCAGUUGUACCGAUCACAUCUGCAGUACUCAGCAGCCGCAUGUAUAGUGCCUACUACACAGCUGUUUUUGGCGAAUGCUAGGAAUAAACACUUCUCCAUGGAAAGCCAAAUUCAUAGUAUAUUUGCCUUUUUAUUUGCCCGAAACCCUUAGUGUCUGAAAGGUCUAUCUUACUCCCCUGCCCCCUUUUUUGGUGGGGUGGUGGAGGGAACGGGGGAAGAGAAAAAGUACCAAGGGAAAGCACUAAGAUACUCAGAUUUAAGACUUCAAAGGAAUUACUUACUCACACAUUCAAAGUUAGUUUUUACUGAAAAGUGAUCACACAUACACUCUGUCCCUUGUCAGCACUGCAAAAAGACCAAUCUCCGCAACCAUUACCAGAGCCAGGAAGCAGGGAGGUAGACACAGCUGUUAAACCUCCACAGCCCAGGUGGAUUCUCUGUCCUUUCCGAAUGGCCAUUACUGUGCAGUCUGGGGCGCUAUGAGGGAUCCACUGGCGCCCCACCUAAGUUUCCUCUAUCAAAAGGAACAGGCUUUACUGGACACAGGUGGUGCGGUGGUAUGGGAAAGCCAAAUAUUAUUGCAGAUGAAACAGAGCCUCCAGAUGCACCCACUGGCUUCAGCCUCAGAAAGGGAAUGCCAGGAACAUCCUCUGAUCAGGCCCCGCUCAGUCCCCAAUGGAGGGCCACAGGGUCACUUUUCAUUGCAGCAAAAUGGCCCUGCUCUGAGUGCACAGACAUACUCCCUUAGCACAAGUUUUCACUACAGUGGGAUCGUGCUGUUUGAUAGGCUUUUUCCUUCCCCCUGGUAAGUGAGGAAAUCCGAGAGGAAGCCGCUAAGGUGGCGGUUGCUGUAGUCGCAGAGCUCCCAAGGGCUUGUGGUAGAGCCUCGUGGCUAUCACAGGAUGAUCAGUCUGAAUCUAGGUCAUGAGCGCUGUCAUAGCCAAACUCCUUCUGCACAUCCAAAGGGUAUUUGCUCCACAUCUGUGGUCUGCGAUGGCCUCCUCCCUCCUCUUCACUUAGGUUGUUGCUAGAACCUAGAAUGAGAUGACAGGCGUGGGUUCUAAAACUAUGUGACUUUCUAGGUGAUUACAACAGCCCCCCACCCCUCUCAAAAGGUCUAUUUUUUUGUUCUCCAUUAUAAAACACUUGCUUAACAAAGAGAAUUUAGAAUUUAAGAGAAAGUGGUUGAAUUUCUACCAUUCAAAUUGAGUCCUUCCUUUAAAUUUGAAUAUUUUGUCAUUUCUCCCCUAACACAGGAUUUGUUUUGAUAGUUGUACUCAUAUUGUAAAUAUAAUUUUGUAUGUUGUUCCUUUCCUUUUAACAUAUUAUAAGCACUUCCCUAAUAGAAUAUUCCCUAAUUUGGGCCUCCCUCGUGGCGCAGGGGUUAAAGUCUCAGCACUAUCAAGCUAUCACCAGCCACUGUAGCAUGAGUUCGAACCCUGGCCAGGGAGCUGACCCAUAUGGCGCAGCAGACCUCUCCUGUCUCACCUGCUGCUCCAUUCAGCAGUGUAUUUCAAUAGAUCCACCUGUUCUGCUCCCCACUCUGUCUCCGGUGAAUCCUUUCACCCUCUGUACCUCUGGCCCAUAUCCCAGUUCUUGUAUGCAUAAAUAAAUAAAUCUUAAAAAAAAAAAAAAAUCCAUGGUUUGCUUGUUUCCACAGUAAUAGACCCCUAGAAAGUACUUUCUGUUGGAACUGAGCCAACAGCUCAGUUCCUUCCAUAUUCUCUCCCACAGGUACCAUGUUUGGGUUACCACUUUCUGAAAAAAGUUGUGAAUACAGCAACUUCUUAAGAGAUUAGAUAAUGGGUGUGUGAAAGCCCUGGCCCUAACCCUACUGGUGAACCUCUCCAAUGUAUUUUUUUUAAGGUUUAUUUUAUUUAUUUACAUAGAAGAACUGGGGUACAGGCCAGCAGUGAGGGGUAUGUGUGUGUGUGAGAGGAUUCACGAGUGACAGAAU